GGUCCCUGGGCUGAGGAGGGUGGACCUCCCUAUAGAGAGAGCAGGACCACCAGACUGGGAAGGGUGGAGCCUGUUGAGCGGAGGGCGCCAACUUAUCAGGAGGAACUGGAACAGCAGAUCCAGGAGAAGCAGGAGCGCCGGAGGCUGGAGAAGGCUGAGAGGGACCGGGCUGAGGCCAAGCAGGAGGCCGAAAUAAAAAAUUAUGAUCCAUGGGGCCGGGGAGGGUGCGGCGCACCCCUCAGAGACACCCAAGGGGACCUCAUUACUGACCUGAAGCAGAUGCACAGGCAGAAUGAGGAAGCUUGGCUGAACCCCGAGACCUCUCAGAGAAAAGUCACCAGGCCUAACCUGAGAGAGGACAGACUGCCUCCUAUCAACACAGUGUCAGGUUUUGCCCCUGUGCAGACCUCCAUUUAUGCCAGAGGAAAUGUGUUUCCUAACCAGCCAACGCUUCAUCAACUCACUGAACUGGAUAAGUAUAAGCUUGGCCUAAAACAACAGAGAAAGGCCAAAGUCACCUGGCCCAUCCUGAGAGAGGACAGACUGCCUCCUAUCAACACAGUCUCAGGUUCUGAUCAUGUCCAGACCAGUGACAUUUCCAGCAUUCCAGGGGAGUCAGUAUUCCUCACCAAAUUCCAUCAUAACCUUGAAUCCCUGCAGAUCCAGGAGAAGCAGGAGCGCCGGAGGCUGGAGAAGGCUGAGAGGGACCGGGCUGAGGCCAAGCAGGAGGCCGAAAUAAAAAAUUAUGAUCCAUGGGGCCGGGGAGGGUGCGGCGCACCCCUCAGAGACACCCAAGGGGACCUCAUUAGUACGUUGUAG